CGGGAAGCUCGAAAAUUCGAACGGGACGCCCGGGCCCUCGGCAAAGCUUCUUUUUACUUGGCUUGGAUGAUGGACGAAGACGGGGAAGAGCGCGCGCAUGGCGUGACGAUGGAAGUGGGCCAAAAAUGCAUCGAACUCCCCCACCGGGUCGUCACCCUCUUAGACGCCCCCGGACACGCCGACUUUGUCCCGCAAAUGAUCGUGGGGGCGGCCCAGGCGGACGUUGCCUUGUUGGUCGUGCCCGCGACGACGGGGGAAUUUGAAGCCGGUUUCGCCGAGGCGGGCACCGGUCGCGACGGCCUCAGCCAGGGCCAAACCAAGGAGCACGCCCUGCUGGCACGGGCGUUGGGGGUGAACCAACUUCUGGUGGCGGUGAACAAACUCGACGCGGCGGACCCGCCCUGGUCCCAGGCCCGAUACCAGGAUAUCGUCACAAGCUUGACGCCUUUCCUGGAGCAGACCGGGUUCAAGUCCGAACGGAUUCGGUUCGUACCUGUAAGUGGGCUGACGGGGGAGAACGUGAAGGAGGGAGG